UCAUUGAUCUGUUUAGAGGCUAUGUGGAAAAUGAGACUUUCCCCCAAACAAUCACUGGGUCUUUAAUCGUAGAAGACUUGAACUUCACCACAUGGUGCUAUCCAAACUCCACUGGAGGACUGCAGUGCCAGUGUGAGGACCAGUUUGCCUGGUCAUGUGACAAAUGUGGCCUAUACGGUGCAUGCAGUAAUGUCACCUCCCAAACCUGUGAAUGCAUCAAAGGGCUUCCUCCUGGUGGAGAGUUCUGUGAACCAAUCGCAAAUGUUUCUUCAUGUCCAACAACAACUCCUGUCGCAACAACAGAAACAACAAUUCCUACUUCACCAUAUGAGCCAGUGGAGUUUUAUAUAGACUUGAACUUGCUUUUCCCAAUAUCCAGUCUGCCCCCAAAUUUCAUUGAUCUGUUUAGAGGCUAUGUGGAAAAUGAGACUUUCCCCCAAACAAUCACUGGGUCUUUAAUCGUAGAAGACUUGAACUUCACCACAUGGUGCUAUCCAAACUCCACUGGAGGACUGCAGUGCCAGUGUGAGGACCAGUUUGCCUGGUCAUGUGACAAAUGUGGCCUAUACGGUGCAUGCAGUAAUGUCACCUCCCAAACCUGUGAAUGCAUCAAAGGGCUUCCUCCUGGUGGAGAGUUCUGUGAACCAAUCGCAAAUGUUUCUUCAUGUCCAACAACAACUCCUGUCGCAACAACAGAAACAACAAUUCCUACUUCACCAUAUGAGCCAGUGGAGUUUUAUAUAGACUUGAACUUGCUUUUCCCAAUAUCCAGUCUGCCCCCAAAUUUCAUUGAUCUGUUUAGAGGCUAUGUGGAAAAUGAGACUUUCCCCCAAAACAUAACUUGGUCUUUGAUCGUAGAAGACUUGAACUUCACCACAUGGUGCUAUCCAAACUCCACUGGAGGACUGCAGUGUCAAUGUGAGGACCAGUUUGCCUGGUCAUGUGACAAAUGUGAAGUCUACGGUGCAUGCAGUAAUGUCACCUCCCAAACCUGUGAAUGCAUAAACAGUCUACCUCCUGAUGGAGAGUUCUGUGAACCAAUUUCAUCUUUUGAUCCAUGUUCAUUUACUACAACUACAUCGUCAACAGUAACAACUACAACAAUGCCCAACACAACAACAACAACAAUACAAUUUACACAACCACCACCGACAAGUUUAACAACAACAAACACAACAUCGACAACAACACCAACAACGAACACAACAUCAACCUCAGAACCAACAACAAGCACAACAUCAACAACAGAACCAACAACAAGCACAACAUCAACAACAGAACCAACAACAAACACAGCAUCACCGACAGAACCAACAAGCACAACAUCACCGAUAGAACCAACAAACACAGCAUCACCGAUAGAACCAACAUCACCGACAGAACCAACAAGCACAGCAUCACCGACAGAACCAACAAGCACAACAUCACCGACAGAACCAACAACCACAGCAUCACCGACAGAACCAACAACCACAGCAUCACCGAUAGAACCAACAAGCACAACAUCACCGACAGAACCAACAAGCACAGCAUCACCGACAGAACCAACAAGCACAACAUCACCGACAGAACCAACAAGCACAACAUCAACAACAGAACCAACAACAAGCACAACAUUAGCAAGAAUAACAAUAACUAUGGAUGUUGAAUUCAAGGAAGAAUACAAUCAGGAAGCCAAUGACUUUCACAGAACUGUUAGCAACAUUAUCAGAGAUGAAGGAACAAACCAACGAGCAGAAACAAAAUUAAUUGAUUUCCGGAGAGGAAGUACCAUUGCCCAAUAUGAAGUCAAGGCUCCCCCUUCUAAUACACCAGUCAUUCAGACCAUAAAAUUAAAAAUAUCUAACAACCUGGCAAAGUUGUACCCUGUGAUAUUUGACGCCUCGGAUUCCCUAAUGUUUUGGCCAAAUGAUGAAUUUUAUGAGCAAACAGUGACUGUAACAUGUGGCCCUCCACCAGUGGAUAUAUAUUUUGGCACUGUCUCAGCAGCAGAGUGGAGACGUAACAUGGAUCUCAUAUCGGAAGAUGAAGAACACAGAAUUUCAGUUAAGAAUGGAAUAUCAAACUUAACUGUGUCAAGGUUUAUUAGCUCUGACGAUGGAGUUUAUGAAUGUCGGCUCAUGCGCACACACGACAAAGCAUUUUUUCGUCAGAAAUCUGCAACAUCAUUCAGUCUGAAAACAAAACCCACAAUCACAGUCUCACCAAUCAGACAGUAUGUUAAAUGUUCUGGAGGAAUUGUGGCUCUGAAGUGCAGUGUGAGUGGUGGGUAUCAGGUUGAGUUUCCGGACAUUCCUGGAGCAGGCACUGGAAAUUUGAUUAGCUAUAAUUAUGCUACACCUCAAGGCUGUGAACAAGGAGAAAAGACAUUACUCUGUCAGUUAAAAAACAAGCCUUUAUUUACAAAUACAAUAACACUAGAGUUAUCCUCUCACAACGCUGUGUGUAAAAGUGACACAUUUGGCCAAGGAUAUAUAGGCUACAAAGCUGCAGUGCCCUGUUCCCAACCAAACAAGGUGGGAGAAAUAACUGCAGUGUGUAAGGAGAGUACCAAAUUUGAAGAUGUUGAAGACAACUGUAUCCUGUUGCCAGUUCAGGAGCUUCUUGACCAGUCCCGGUUCUUGACUGCCACUACAUUGCCAGUAUUUUUGGAACAGCUCAGGAACGUCAUUGUCAAUUUUACUGAUGAAGUGAUUAAAUCUUCAGCCAACAUUAAAGCUAUUGUGAAAAUACUCACCAAUGUUGCCAACAUAUUGUCAUCCUCCAAUAUCCCAAUUAGCAGAGAUUCAAUGGAGAAUGUCCUGAAAACAGCAGGGGUUCUCACCAUCAAUGGAACAACAUGGAACUUUCUGAACAUUGACACCAAAAACAACUCAAACAACACUGAUGUUAAAAGUGUCAGCUCAUCAUUAUUGAAGUCCCUUGAAACAAUAACAUCUCAUCUUGUCAAUAAAACCUUUGACAUUAAGACAGAAUUUAUUCAGUUAAACAGAACUACAUUCACAGACACUUUCAAUGCUGAAUUUAAUUCUUCAGUGACAAUAAAAAUACCAGAGUCUAAUGGAGAUAACAAAACAAUCACUAUGAUAGUAUUUAACUCGUUAGAUAACGUACUACCUGCAAGAGAUGAGGCCAAUUCAUUGCUCAACUCUAUAAACGGCAGGGUUGUACUUGUUCAGUCCAGUGGCCAAAUCAAUAAUAUCUCUUUCACAUUUGAUAUUUUAAAUGAUACACUGGGAAACCCUGAAUGUGUCUUCUGGAACUUCAGCCUCUUUGAUGGUCUGGGAGGAUGGGAUGGCAAAGGCUGCGAGUUAGUGUUAAACCUGAAUGAAACAGAAACUGUCACCUGCAACUGCAACCACCUGACCUCAUUCUCCAUCCUCAUGUCACCGAACAGUCCGAAGAAACUCUAUUUGGACAUUAUAACCUACAUUGGAGUUGGCAUUUCAAUGGGAUCCUUGGUCAUAUGUCUCAUCAUUGAAGGCCUCAUUUGGAGAAAAAUAAGAAACAAUGAAACCUCUUACUUGCGUCAUGUUGCCAUUGUUAACAUCGCCAUUUCCCUCCUGAUUGCAAACAUUUGGUUUAUAAUUGGAGCAGCCAUUUCAGAUGCAGAAGUUAAAAACCCCCCAGCAUGCACUGCAGCUACCUUUUUUAUUCAUUUUUUCUACCUAGCCCUGUUCUUCUGGAUGCUGGCUUCAGCUAUGCUGCUGCUCUACCGUACAACUAAUGUUUUUGGUGGGGGUUUGUCUAAAGCAUCUAUGCUGGCCAUUGGAUUUUUUCUAGGCUACGGAGCUCCUCUCAUCAUUGCAACAGUAACUAUAGCUGCAACUGCACCUGACAACGGAUACAUCCGAGAAAAUACCAUAUGCUGGCUCAACUGGGAUAAGUCCAAAGCUCUGCUGGCAUUUGUGAUUCCUGCACUUUCAAUAGUGGUGAUAAACCUCAUUAUCCUGGUUGUGGUUUUGUACAAAAUUAUAAGGAGAAGGGUUGGAACAACUGCUGCACAAGCAGAGGAAAGGCAUGUCUUAGUGGUUAUUGCCAAGAGCUUGGCUGUGCUCACACCAUUUUUUGGCAUAACUUGGGGUUUGGGAGCUGGAAUUCUGGCUGAUCCAACAAAUGAAGGAAUCCAUAUUGCAUUUGCAUUCUUCAAUUCGCUACAGGGCUUCUUUAUUUUGGUGUUUGGAACACUGCUGGAUGGUAAGGUGCGGUCAGCAAUAGCAUCAUGGUCACAGCCCUCCAGAAGUAGGACAGGGAGCACAAGUGCUGGAAACUCAACAUCAAUUCAACUUCCAUUUUUAGGGAACUGGAGACGUGGAAGAGAUGGCUACCACAUGACAUCCAGUGCAUCCACUGAUUUCCAUUCGGCUAGCAACACAUAAUGUGUACAGAAAACUGUGGUUAUUCAGAUAACCAACAAGAAGUCAGGCUUUUUCCCCGAAACCCUGGCUGAUUGGGACCCACACCCAUUUUCAAACCUUGGCUCAGGUGAUUAGAGGAUAAUCAGGGGGUCCUUUUGUCCCUCUUUGGGGGGAACUCCCACUAGGUUUAAAUCUGGGACUCUCCACCAUUUGACCUUAGAACUGAAGAAGCUUCUCGGAUGAGAGGUGAAACGUCUUCAAGCAACUCAAAUAAGUCCAGACGCUUUCUUUGCAAGCUCCUUUGACCUGUCAUCAUGAUGUUAUGUCUGAUUGGUGUUUAUCUGUGGAUGUGUGUGUUUGCAUGUGUGCAUUUAUGCUGGCUGAAAACAAAUAUACCACGGUUCCUGAAUACAAUUAGUAGGUCAUUAGCAAGACUAUAGAAAUUGACUGCUUGUAUAUAAAGGUUCAUGUUACUGCAGAUUUUUUCUGUGUUUUUUGUGUUAUUGCAGGAUCUUUACCUUACAAAAUAAAGUGC